UCGAAUGGUGGGCAGGCUACGUCAUUCAAUUCCGGGUGGCGGCGCGUUCGAGUCGGAGUUUUGGCGGGAAGUCGCCAGGGAUGCACACUGGACUCUGGAGGCAUUGAAUGAACAGCGCACAAGUCACCUUGGAAAAUGAACCCGGAGACUGCGGCGGAAAGCAAGAGAAAAAAGCACACAGCCAGCUUCUCAGAUGUUAACACAGAAAUUGAACAACUGUAUGAAGCAAUCCCUUUGCUCAGAAGCUUCAACAUUAUUAGAAAAAUUGGAGAAGGCACAUUCAGUAGUGUCUACAUGGCCAAAGGGAAGGUGCCAAGAUCUGGUGAAGAAGAAAUUCUGGCUGUUAAAUACCUCAUUCCCACCAGCCAUCCACUCCGCAUCGCCGCUGAGGUUCAGUGUCUCAUGGAAGCAGGAGGUGUUGACAAUGUGAUGGAAGUGCUGCAGUGUCUCAGAAACAAGGACCAUGUGGUGAUCAUAAUGCCCUACCUGGAACACGAGGUGUUCUCGGAGGUCGUUUCUGUGAUGGAUGUGAUGGAGGUGCGGGAGUACAUGAGAAACCUCCUGGUCUCACUGGUGCGCAUACACAAGCUUGGCAUUAUUCAUCGCGAUGUCAAGCCCAGCAACUUCCUGUACUGCAGAAAACAACAACGGUAUGCGCUAGUCGACUUUGGACUGGCGCAAGGAACGCCGGAUACUUGCAUCCCGUUGCUGCGGAGGCUGCAGGAGACCGUUGGUCUGAGCGGAAGCAUUUACCAGAAGAGGGCCGGCGCACGGCUCGCUAAAGCCAACAACAUCAACAUCACCACCACCACCACCAUGCAGAAGCAGGGCAAGAGUGCUCAGCUGAUGAAGUCAUCGGUGAACUACAACGAGGAGUGCAAAGCAAGUAAGUUAACGAAUGGCGCUCCACACGUAGCUGCGAUGACGGAAAAGGCUGUGGCUCUCCCCAUUGCCAUGCCUCGAUUUGCGUUGCAAGAAAAGACUUGCUCCUGUUUCGGGUAUGAUCAGGUCUGCAAGCUCUGCUUGGCCAGAAUCCCACAGCCAUCUCCGCGGGCUGGUACGCCUGGGUUCCGAGCCCCAGAGGUUCUACUAAAGUGGCCCUAUCAAACCACAGCCAUUGACAUUUGGUCGACGGGCAUUAUAUUCCUCUGCCUCCUGAGUGGCCGCUACCCCUUCUUCAAGACCAGCGACGACCUCACUGCGCUGGCUCAAAUCAUCGCGUUGCGUGGAAGCGCAGAGGUGGCUGCUGCUGCUAAAGCUUGCGGAAAGAUGAUGAUCUGUAGUCGUCACUGCAGAAGUACUGAUUUAAAAGAGCUUUGUGAAUGCCUGAGAGGUGACGCCUCUGUAAAAGCUGUGCCUGAUGCAGACCAAGCAAAGACCCCUGCGGAAAAACGAAGAAAAACAGACGCCCACGUGGAAACUUCUCCCACUGCUGGGACUGACGGCACAGACGGCGGCAUUGACGCCAGUCGAUGUCCCGCUCGUCGCACGCCGCCUUCCGACGCAAGAGACGCGUCUUCGGGUCGAGGUGGGCCAGAAGCUGCCCCCGGGAGGGAUUGGCGCUGCAACGAUGUCUUGGCGUUUGAUCUGCUCUACAAACUCUUAGACCCGAACCCACACACGCGGAUAAACGCUGUGGAUGCCCUACGCCAUCAGUUCUUUGUUCGGUAACAAAAGUCAACGGCGUCCUCACACUUAAGUUGUUCUGACCUCACCUCCCUUGGUGGUCCCGAGUUCGUGGUUAAUAACACUGGUCAACACACUUUUUCUGGCAUAAGGUAUUCCAACGGUUUUAAGGUAAUUUUGGAGUGCUGAAUCAAAAUCUGGCAUCAAUUUUUGUCUAUCACAUCAGGUUUUUGAGAUAUCAAAUAUUGCAUUUUCAAUAACAACUGCAGAAGAAAAGUAUUAAAUAAAUGUGUAUAUCUACAUAAAAUGAUAUUAUAAACACUUUCCUAAAAAUACAGCACCAUAUUUUAACACUAAAGCAGUCACUGACUCGCAACAACUUGCAAUCAUAAGUGACAGAGUUAAUUUCGGGUAAAAUCAAUGAAAAUGGGGUAUGCCGAUAGCAUAAAAUGAGAUGUGAUAGAGCAAAUCAGAUUUGGAAUCAGCACCCUGAAAUUAGUCUAAAUCAGCUGCAAAAGUCCAGGCCAGAAAAAAUGUUUUUUUUUUUUGACCAGUGUAAUUGGAAGUUCCGAGGCCGAUUUUUUUUGUCAUGGUCAUUUUUUUCCCCGUAAGAUCAUUCCUGCUGGUUUCCUGCAAAGUGUUUCAUAUAUUUUUUAAACAACCCCUCAGAUAUAAUGGACUUUGUUAACCCCUGAUAUGCAUUUGAAUUCAUGACCUUGCAAAUGGGAUAUUUUGCCAUGCUGAAAUGUCACUCAUGUUUAUUUUUUAUGAUAUGCACAUCAUCUCUGUUUACUGUUUCGGAUAUUAAUGCCGAUAGCUUGUAAACAAUUUACAUUGGUUUAUUAAAAAAAUGUGUUCAGUUAAACAUAGAUUUUUCCACGAAUCAAAUACAUUUUGCUUCUAUGCAAGGCUACAAGGAAAAUACUACGCACAAUUCAUGUCCAUAUUUGUGACCAAAAUGUAGCCAUUCUCUCUCCAGUGCUGCAGCAUUAACUAGAAGAUAAAAACACUGCAAUUACAAAAAAAUGUGUCGUCCUCCCCUACGUCUUCUGCGUAAAUGUCCAAACUUUCCUCUUCCACCGUGCGGUACAACCCACAAAACAUCGGGAGAGCUGUACAGCUAAACGAGAACAUUCCUCCGCAUUCGUACAAAAGAUGCAAAAUUACGUGCUGCCGUAUCCUGCAGGCACGUUGAACCUUGGCCUUAAAAUGCUGUGACGUGAAAUCGGGCUUCGGAAAAGCUGGUGGUGCUAAUUUUCACAAUUACACGAAAUAUAUUGCGCACAUUUUCUGGAUAUUAGUGUUACGAUUAUACCGGCUCUACCCGACUUGUCCUUGGUUGCAGGCUGCAGUCGACCGCUGGGGAAUCGCGUCCCACGAUUGUCUUUGCCACAAAUUCAUUCUGCAGACUCAAGAGGUUAUAAGCGCCAUUAUAGUCUGUCAUUGGUGCGUUAAAUAUCGCCAGAUCUUGGAAGCUCAGCAGUGUUGAGCCUGGAUAGUGCUUCCGAUUGGUGAACCACGGUGCAUCGAAUAGGUUAUUCAUAAGCGGCUACAAGGGGCUGUGAUGUGUGCUUGACACCAGAGGGCAGUACAGCAAAAGCCACUGUGCUGUACAUUUGUUCUGAUAUCUGUUGUUUAGCCACGACGAUACUGCCCAUGCCUGAGUGUUUGUUUUUAUCUGUUUAGCCUGAAUUGUUAUAUACAUUGAAUAGACUGGCCCUCACCACAGGAUAAGGACAUUUCCACCACUGACUCGGCACAAGAAUGAGCAUCGCACAGUGUUAGAUUCAGCAGGAAGAUAUGUUGCCCUUUAAAAGCCUUGUGCCUGGGGAUUUACACGGUGAAAUACUCUCGAUUAUAGUAAUCCACAAGUGUCCUUUUUUUUUCCACCUUGUUUACAAAGCAUCCGUUCUCUCUUUACCGGGGAAAAAUAUUUUUUCCGUACUUUUCCCCAACGCACUUUACCACGGCACAGUCAACACAAAGACCUACAAUUUGAGUGCGGUGUGGGUAAGUGUUAUCCAGACGUUAGUUACAACACUUGGAAUGUCCCUUAAAAAUGAUGGAAUAAUAUUUAAUGUGUAUCGUGGUUUCCACGAGCCAGGCCACCCAUCUUAAACACACACUCAGCCUGGGACAUUGCUUGCACGCAUUCCACACCCACACGCGCCUUCUGUUGUACCCACUAUUGUACAGUUGUGCAAGAGGAAAUGCCUAGGCAUUAAAAAAAAUGCCCUCUACUGAAUGUAUAAUAUAGCCGAGUGCAAUGGUCACAUGGCCAUACCACCCUCUUAAUUCUGUGAGCUCGGGACGUAGCGAUACAGUACUCAUUCCACAUGCGGACUGACAGCGUGCACCCACUAGAUGUUGUACAUUUUGUUCAGGAAAUGCUUCAACGUAAGUUUUAUAAGGAAUGCAUAUUGCAAAGUAUUUUUUUAACGUUUUUCACACAUGCAUUUGAAUUGUAAUGUUUUCGUGUACACUGGUGCGCGUGGUGUCCAUUUCCAAAAAGUCUGUUGCACUUAAGCUGUACAAACGACUGUGUUUUAGCUGGGGGGGGGGGGGGAGGUCAUAGUAUCGCAACAGCUCCACCUUGGGUUUCCAAUUGCUGGUUUCCAAUUUCAGGUACCACAGGAAAGUGGUUUCAUCCACGACUGGACGUGGGAGAUGGUGUUUAAGGCACCGGUCCUAGGGUAGAUGGGUUCUCUUCAGAUGCCACAUGCAUUUUACACAUUGGAAAGCCCAGGGUGAGGUUUGCCAUUUUUAAAUCCUUUAUAUUAAGUUCGCUUGCUUGCUUAGGACCGUGCAAAUCUUUCGCUCGUUUUUUAACCCACUUCCCGUGAUCCAUUCGAGCUGACAUUUUCCACACAGACUCGUUGUGCGUGACAAUUAAUUUUCGUGAAUUUUUUUUCCCAAAAUUUUACACUGUUUAGGGAAAACAAAUUAAAUAUUUAAUUACCAAUUGCUUAAUACUGGCAGACAAUCAUCUGACCCAUAGAUUGCAGCCAUCUCAAGCCAGAGGACGAGAGAACUCUAGCCGCCACGCAUAUAAAGGAUUUAGAGUGAAAAACUUUGUUUUUACGGGUUUACUUGUUCAAAAUCUGAGCUGCCUGGCGUGUAGGGGCGCGGUGGUGGCGAGAUGUUAACUACCUCGCCUGGUAUGCAGGAGGUCGUGGGUUCAAUCUUGACCCUGACGCCCCCUGCAUAUUUAGCGUUUGCAUGUCUCUCCCCGUGGUCGUGUGGUAUUUUCUCCUGGUCCUCCGGGUUUUCCCUCCACAUUUACAAUCAACAUGCGUUUCGAGUACUUAGCUACUAUACAUUUUCACAUGAUGAGCCACUUGUUUGGGCUAUCAUUUGUGGCUAGGUCGCUUCAGAAAAAUAGCUGUAUAGCUCAGUUGGCUUUACCGGGUAAAAUAAAGAGUAUGUAAUCAUAUCAUCUGUUGUACAGGGAUCACCAAAUAUUGUCCUGUUUAUGUGUUAAAUGUUCCAAUUUUAAGUGCAUUGCAUUGCUUUCUGUAUGCCUAUUUUCUUGUUUACUGUGCGUUACAUGCGUGUGCAUUACUUGAAUGAAUAAAGUCGAAGGUGAUUAGGACUUUAUUUUGUAUCCGACAUCUCUCAAACUGCUUGGCCGGUUAUCAUCGGAUCAUUUGAGAGGUCCAAAUUUAAUCAGAAAUUGGACCUCCGAUGUUCUGAUGCUUGUGACUUGUGAACCGCAACUCUCAUACAUCAUCACUCUUAUCCAUCAUCACUCUUAUCUGCAAGGCCGCACAUCGUCCAAGGGAUGCAGUCUACGUUUGAUUCUUCCUGUUUUCAUCCGCGGAUAUCUGGGGAUUCACAGAUAGGCUCGGUGAUGGAUGAGAAACGUAAUGGUCAAUGUAAUGUGGUUGUAUUGAAGUUAUUGCUCUGUGGGAUGCAGCUUCUGUGCUUACAAAUGGCUUUUUUUGGUCAAUAUUCAAACCAUGUGAUGGCAUUACGGUUUUAAAUUUGAAAGAGUACUCCUUGAAUUGCGUGCCUUGGAAGAUUUCUCGA